AUGUGGAAUGGAGAAGAAAGUCCUUUCAAGCCAAAGUAUGAGGCCGAGGAGCGUUUUCCCGUGAGGAACGUGAGAGUGGAUCUGCCUCCGCUCUUUGCUGGAGAUGAUAGCCAAAGUUUUCUCGGCUGGGUGAGACAGCUGGAGGUGGCCAUCCAGGCUACUGUGGGCACCGGUUCGGACUGUGAUGAAGAACUUGUUCGUAUCUUGCCCACUCGUUUAUGCAAGUCAGCGUUUCUCCUGUGGGACAGCCUUCCGGAUAGAGUGAAGCAUGAUUAUUCUGCCGUGAAAGAGAAGCUCGCUGGCGCAUUUGGACAGAGACAGUUUAUGGACCGCUUCAGAGCCACCCUCUCGGCUCGUCCCCGUGGUGCGGGCGAGAGCUUGGAAGUCUACGCAGCGGAUGUGAGUCGCCUGGUGGCGGAGGCUUUCCCGGACUAUGGGGUCGUGGCGCGCAGAGAGAAGUUUCGGCGCUUCCUCGCAGGUCUGGAUCCAGCGUUGAAGAGCAAGUGUUUGGAGCAAGGCGCCACUGAUUUAGAAGAGGCGCUGACUAUCGCGGAAAGAUGCGAAAACGCUAGAGAGGCGCUACAGAGGGACUGUGUGAGUAACUAUCCGUUCAAUCCCCAUGUUGCUGAGUCCAGAGCUGUGGUUCAGGCUGUUACGUCCAAUGACAGUUUAUAUAAGGCUGUGGAUCAAUUAAGCCAGGAGAUGCAUGCUAUGAGGAUGGAAAUGAAGAGUGUUUAUGAAGAAAAUCAGAGACUCAGGAACAGUGAUAUGGGCCAGAGGCAGUUCGUGGGGCGCCGGUCUGGUUUUGGGGGACGUUGUGAGUGCACCUGCGGUGAGCCUGGCUGUCAAGGAAGGCCAGUCUCCCGAGUUCCGUCCACCACGAAGCAGGAGUCCCAGCCCCGGAUGGCGUGCCCGUCGUUAGGAAGGAUCCUGGAGGCGUGGUGUUCAUUUCCAGCAGCAGAGUUCUCCCAGGGAUCCCGAGCAUCAGGGAAACUUCCAGUAGCUGGUGUUAUGGCCCAAACACCGGCUUUUCCUCGGGAGGGCCCAAUGUUCACAGAUGAUGUAGAUGUGGGGUUGGAAAAAUACCCUACUGCCUACGUCCGGGGGGUCAUUGAAGGGGUGGAAGCGUCAGUGUUGGUUGACUCUGGGGCUUCUGUGUCUUUAAUUAGUUCCGAUUUCCGUAUGGCGGUUCCCACACUGCGCGGACGGCCAUUGAAGAAGGACUUUAUUGGCUCACGGGCAGUAAAUGGACAGACACUAGACACACUGGGCACUGUAGACGUGUCUCUUCACUUGGGCCGGGCCUCUUGGCGGCACACUUUUCAUGUGCUGAGGGAGUCUACUCAGGCGGUCCUAUUGGGGUUGGACUUUCUGGCAGUGAACAGGGCGUUGCUCGACCUGGGGCGGGGGGUUUUGGAGAUCGGUGAUACGUGCCUCCCCUUGCUUUACCAGGCUCAGCUUGUCCCUGAGUGCUGCAAUGUAUUUCUGGCCGAUGGUGUGAUUAUACCUCCCUUAAGUGAGGCUUUGGUGCCAGUUCAUGUGCGUCCACCGGGUGGUGCUAACAGGCCAGUAACUGACUUUGAGGGCUACUUGGAACCAAAUGUCCCUGAUUCGGCUGGUUUAGUCGUAGCUCAUACCGUGGCUAAUGUGAAGAAUGGGGUUACUGUUGCGCGUGUUCUCAAUCCCUCUGGGAAAGCAGUGGAGCUCAAGCAAGGGCUGCACAUAGGGGAAUUUUAUCCUAUUCACGAGGUUGGUGCACCAUCGGUGGUGCCCACUUCACAUAAAUCUUCUGUCCCGUGUAUGGUCACAGACUCUCCAGUCAACGAGCGACAGAGGGCUGAAUUACAGGAGCUUUUGAGUCGUUUUAGUAACGUGUUUAGUACCCCAGAUGGGAACACUGGGAAGUGCUCUUUAAUCCAACACCACAUUCGCACUGGUGAUAACCCCCCAAUUAAGCAGCGGGCAUAUCGGACGUCUCCUGAGAAAAGGGCAGAGAUUGAGCGUCAGGUGGGUCAGCUACUGGCAGAUGGCCUGGUGGAGGAGAGCUUCAGUCCCUGGGCCUCACCAGUCGUGCUCGUCAAGAAAAAAGGGGAUGCGUUGUCCCGCCGCCCUGCUGAGGCCACAGCUCCUGCCAUUGACUGUGUGAAUGUGAUUGAUGUUGGGGGGGCGAAUAGUCAUGACCAGGCUAGGGAGUCGUUACCCUCCUCUCCAGUGUACUCUCUCUGCUGUGAUGAGGCCAGGUUGCGGUCCCUGCAGCAGGAUGACCCAGACAUCAGGGUAGUGCUCGGGUGGUUAGAGAGGGGAGGAGUUAAAAGGUUGGAGUUUGCAUUUGGUGCGACCAGGCUUCAUGCAUUGGAGGCCUCUGAGAGACAAAAACUUUACCAUGACCAGACAGUGUGUCAUCGGCCGUACGGUGUUGGAGCGUUGGUGUGGCUGAACAAUCCAACGGAGAGCCGUACUAAAUUAGCGCCGCAUUGGAGGGGCCCGUACCAGGUGGUGCAGGUAUUCUCGUCAGGGGGUGAACCAGCUCUGACCUAUGACAUCAUUAAUCCGCUGGAUACUCAGAAGCGGAGUCAGGUGGUUCAUCAUGACAGACUCAAACCAUACACUCUGCCGCUCCCUGCUCGGUCCCCUGCAAGUCGGGUUGUCGCAUCGGACCCUUUCUUGCAUGGAGGGGAGGCAAGUUUGGAGCCAGCGCUGGCCCAGCCGCAGCAGUCUCGGUCGGGACGUCUUGUUAAAGCCCCUUCACACCUCAAGGACUUUGUAGUUUGA